GGGGCAGCAGAAGACAGCAGACAUUCCAAUUGGGUACACCAGCUGGAAUAGUUUAGUGGGAGCAUGACAAGAUCGACAUAUAUAUGGGCGCUAGCCGCCUGCCUGAUUGCAUGUGCCGCAGCCAAUGGCGGCUAUGGUAGCGGUCCUCAGGGCUAUGGCCCGGGUCCAGCUGAGUCUGGCGCCGAUGCCGCUUCGGCAGCUGCCGCUGCUGCUGGCCAAGGUGGUCAGGGUGGCGAGUAUGGACAUGGUGGUGCUGGUGCCGGCGCCGGCGGUGAGGGUGCCGAAGCCCUUGCCCAGGCUGCUCCCAGCACUUAUGGAUCCGAUCAGAACAUCCCAUACAAACCAGUCAAUACCAAAGGCAACACAUUGACCUCAUCCAUCACCUAUCCCCAGAACAAGGGCGAGAUCCUCAUCCAUCGUCCAGCCCCAAUCAUUGUGAAGCGUCCACCCACCAAGGUGCUGGUGAACCAUCCUCCAUUGGUGGUGAAGCCCGCUCCAGUGGUUCUGCACAAGCCUCCAGCAAUUGUCUUGCGCAAGGUCUACGUUAAGCACCACCCACGUCGCGUUAAGGUCGAGCCUGUCUUCGUGAAUGUGGUCAAGCCUCCAGCAGAGAAAUACUUCGUCAAUGAGAACAAGCAGGGCUAUGGUCAGAACCAUCAUCACGGACACCACCAGCAAGGCCCACAUGGCGGUCCACAUGGCGGUCCCCAUGGUGGUCACCAUGCCGGUCCCCAUGGCGGUCCCCAACAGGGACAAGCUCUGCCCGCCUAUGCCUCCGGUGCCGAUAGCGCUGCUGCCAGCGCUGGCUACCAACUCCUCCAGGGUGGUAACCACGGCCUCUCUGCCUUAGCCAACAUUGCCGGUGGUGAGCACCGUGAGGGUCACUAUGGUGGUGCCCAGCAAUACGGCGGUCCCGGUCCAGUUGGCCAAGGAGCUGGCGGCUAUGGCGCUCCUGCAUAUUAAGCCAGCCAAGCGAAUUCGCUGCAGGUUGAAGUUUUAAUUAGUUUUUAGGUUUUUACACCAAACAAAAAACACACAACACACCAGAAAUCUGCAAGUUUCGCAGCAAACAAAUAAAAAAAACAUUUUUUUGAAA